AUGUUGCUUCCAACAUCUUCCCUUGUAUUGGGAUUGUAUUCCACUUGCGCACUCGCGCUGUCCGCUCGUUCCACCAACGGCUAUGUCCACGAAUCAUCUAACCUACGCUUUGCGAACCGCCACCCUCAUCCACACGCAAAGCCUCGUCAGUCCGAGGAUUCGUCAUGCGCUCCAUAUUGGCUAGAAGAUAUCAAGCACCAGGGCGUUGCUAGCUUCAACCCAAAUCCAAACAAUUAUACCGUCUUCCGAAAUGUCAAGUCUUACGGUGCGGUCGGCGACGGAGUCACUGACGAUACUGCCGCUAUUCAAAAAGCGAUUGCAGAGGGUAAUAGAUGUGCCCCUAGUGCCUGCGAGAGUUCUACCAACGAGCCUGCUGUCGUGUACUUUCCAGGUGGGACGUACUUGAUCUCGAGUAGUCUCAUCGAUUAUUACUACACUCAGAUUAUCGGAAACCCGAACUGUCUUCCCACCAUAAAGGCUGCUUCCAAUUUUUCUUCUACAGGUGGUCUGGGAUUGAUCGAUGGUUCUCCAUACCUCGGCGUUGGAACCCGACCUGGUCGAACUGGCUUUGGACCUACAAACACAUUCUUCCGCCAGAUUCGCAACCUUGUCCUUGACAUGACACACCUCCCAGCUAACUUUUCAGCUACUGGAAUCCAUUGGCCAACUGCACAGACUACAAGCAUCCAAAACGUAGUGUUCAACAUGAAUGCUGAUAACGGAACACAGCAUCAAGGUCUCUUUAUCGAAGAAGGAUCCGGGGGUUUCAUGACUGAUCUCGUCUUCAACGGAGGAAACAAGGGGUUUAGCGUCGGAAAUCAGCAAUUCACCACUCGCAACCUUACUUUCAACAAUGUCAACACUGCUAUUGAGCAGCUCUGGGAUUGGGGUUGGACGUACAAGUCCGUCUCUAUCAACAACUGCCGAGUUGGGUUGAACAUGUCUGCUGGUGGUCCAUCUGCAGUCAAUGUGGGAUCGAUCACCUUCUUCGAUAGCGAGAUUAACAACACCCCGAUUGGUAUCGUUACCUCCAGGACUGCCAACUCUGAGCCUGUCGGUGCUGCAUCCAUGUAUCUGGAGAAUGUCAAACUCGAUAACGUCGGCACUGCUGUACUUGGUCCAAAUGGAACCUACCUGGCAGGUUCUUCCGGAGCUUCAGUCAUUGACGCUUGGGCUGACGGACACCGAUACCUUCCCAAUGGUCCGGUCGAGGCACGAGGCGCUAUUGCUCCCACUAAGCGUCCGGCAGAGCUAUUGAACGCUGAAGGAAAAUACUACGAGCGCUCGAAGCCUCAGUAUGGCGAGAUUCCUCUGUCACAGUUCCUCAGCGCUCGCGACCUUGGUGUUACCGGGGAUGGCCGAACCGACGAUACAGACGCCCUUAACACUGCAAUUCUGCAAGCGAAGGCAGAAGGCAAGAUUCUUUUCCUCGAUGCUGGUUUCUACCUAGUCACCUCUACGAUCUACAUUCCACCUGGUACCACUAUUGUUGGAGAAGCCCUUGCCUCUGUCAUCCUUUCCUCCGGCCCCUACUUCAACGACAUGGCCUCCCCUAGGCCAGUCGUGCAAAUUGCCCAACCAGGUGAACAAGGCCGAGUCGAGCUUUCCGACCUCUUUAUCAGCACCAAAGGCCAGCAAGCAGGUGCUAUCCUGAUUGAGUACAACCUCGGUACAUACUCUGACGAGCCUGCUAGCCUUUGGGAUGUGCACACACGUAUUGGAGGAUUCGCCGGAUCCGAUUUGCAAACCGAGCAGUGCGAGAAGACACCUGACCUUGUGACUACUUCGGAAAACUUGGUGGAGGAAUGCAUUGCAGCUUACAUGUCAAUGCACGUCACUAAGUACGGUGCAGGACUGUACAUGGAGAACAACUGGCUCUGGGUUGCUGAUCACGAUCUUGACGAUGCGCGCAAUAACAACACUCAGAUCACUAUCUAUGCUGGCCGUGGUCUGCUAAUUGAGAGUCUCCAAGGACGACUGUGGCUAUACGGCACGGCAGUCGAACACCAUGUCCUCUAUGAAUACCAGUUCGUCGAUACCCGAAACGUCUUCAUGGGCCAAAUCCAAACCGAAACGGCCUACUACCAGCCCAACCCCGAUGCUCUUAUCCCCUUCCCAACCGUCCCAGAGCUGUCCGAUCCCGUCUUCACGGCUACACCUUCGAAUGGCACAAACUCAACAUCGCCCAACACAGCAUCAGGCUGGGGCCUGCGCAUCCUCCGUAGCAACAACAUUCUUGGUUACGGAGUAGGAUUAUACUCUUUCUUCGACAACUACUCCACGGACUGCUCGCAGGUUGGUGCGGGUGCUGUGUGCCAGUCGCGCAUCCUAUCAAUUGAAGGGGACCGCAACACGUAUGAUAUUAGUCUUUACAACUUGAACACUGUGGGUAGCACAGAGAUGAUCACGCGCGAUGGAGUAGAUGUGGCGAGCAACGUGGACAACAACAGUACUUUUGUGGACACUAUCAACAUUUUCAGGAUUGAUAGCUUCGGGCUCAAGUUGGCGGUGGAUGUGGAUAUUUCGUUGGGCGGCAUUCUGGACAAGUAG